AUGUCGCAGCCCGGAGCCACCGAUGUGGACAUGGUAGGCGCUGCAUCCAUACCUGAUGGCUAUACAAAUGGAAAUGGCGUUUAUCCAACUCCAUCUCCGGCCUUUAUGUCACCUGAAGAAAAAAAUAGGAUGCUAGAAGAGCGUAGCCGCCGUUGGGACAAAAUGAACGCCAAGCGCUACGGCGAGAAGCGUAAGUUUGGGUUUGUGGAGAGUGUCAAAGAUGAUAUGCCACCUGAGCAUGUUCGAAAGAUUGUCAAGGAUCAUGGAGAUAUGAGUAGUAAGAAAUUUCGCCAUGAUAAGCGCGUGUACUUAGGAGCGUUGAAAUACGUACCUCAUGCCAUUUUCAAGCUUCUGGAGAAUAUGCCGAUGCCUUGGGAGCAAAUUAAGGACGUAAAAGUAUUGUAUCACGUUACAGGUGCUAUCACUUUUGUAAACGAGAUCCCGUGGGUUAUUGAACCCGUUUACAUAGCUCAAUGGGGGACCAUGUGGAUCAUGAUGCGCCGCGAAAAGCGGGACCGUCGACACUUCAAGCGUAUGCGCUUUCCUCCUUUUGAUGAUGAAGAGCCACCAUUGGAUUAUGGAGACAACAUCCUUGAUAUUGAGCCUUCUGAGAGCAUUACAAUGGAGCUUGACGAAGACGACGAUGAAGCAGUGAUCGAGUGGCUAUACGAUUCAAAGCCACUUAUUGACACAAAGUUUGUGAACGGACCGAGCUAUCGCACGUGGCGUUUGCCUGUGCCAAUUAUGGCAAAUUUACACCGUCUUGCAGGUCAAUUGAUGAGCGACUUGAUUGACCCAAACUACGAGUAUUUGUUCGACAAAAAGUCUUUUUUUACUGCGAAGGCACUAAAUGUAGCCAUUCCUGGUGGUCCCAAAUUCGAACCGUUGUAUCGAGAUUUGGAUGAAGACGAUGAAGACUGGAAUGAAUUUAAUGACGUCAACAAGAUUAUCAUUCGCCAUCAGAUACGCACCGAAUAUAAGGUGGCAUUUCCUUUUUUGUACAACAAUCGACCCCGUUCGGUCCACAUUCAGCCGUACCAUACGCCGGCGCUGUGUUACAUUAAAGCUGAGGACCCGGACCUCCCAGCGUUUUACUUCGACCCGAUUGUAAAUCCUAUUUCGCAUUUUCGAGUGAAUCGCUUGGAGAACGGUAAUAAUUCUGACGAAAAGAUAGAAGACGAGGAAGAUGAUGAGUUUAAAUUGCCAUUAGGGCUGGACCCUCUUUUGACAGACGAUCCACUGUAUACCUCCGAUACAGCGAACGGUAUUGCUCUGUACUGGGCCCCACGACCAUUUAAUUUACGCACAGGUCGUACACGUCGAGCAAUUGAUGUGCCUCUAGUUAACAAAUGGUUUCAAGAACAUUGUCCACAAGGCCAGCCUGUUAAAGUGCGAGUCAGUUACCAAAAGCUGCUCAAAUGCUGGGUUUUGAACUCACUACACCACCGUCCACCAAAGGCAUUAAACAAGCGGUAUUUGUUUAAGUCACUUAAGUCGACUAAAUUUUUUCAGAGCACUGAAUUAGACUGGGUCGAAGCGGGUCUGCAAGUUUGUCGUCAAGGUUACAAUAUGCUGAACUUGUUAAUUCACCGCAAAAAUCUUAAUUACCUACAUCUGGAUUACAAUUUCAAUUUAAAACCUAUCAAGACGCUGACGACAAAGGAACGAAAAAAGUCACGAUUUGGCAAUGCGUUUCACUUGACUCGAGAAAUUUUGCGUUUGACAAAGCUCAUUGUGGAUGCACAUGUGCAAUAUCGCUUGGGUAAUGUGGAUGCAUUUCAGUUGGCUGAUGGAUUGCAGUAUAUCUUUGCUCACGUUGGUCAGUUGACGGGUAUGUAUCGGUAUAAGUACCGUCUCAUGCGUCAGGUGCGUAUGUGCAAGGACUUAAAGCACUUAAUAUAUUAUCGAUUCAACACUGGACCUGUGGGGAAGGGGCCUGGAUGUGGCUUCUGGGCACCUGGAUGGCGUGUGUGGCUAUUCUUUUUGAGAGGAAUUGUGCCGCUGCUAGAGAGAUGGCUUGGAAAUUUGUUGGCGCGUCAAUUUGAAGGUCGCCAUUCGAAGGGUAUCGCGAAAACAGUCACCAAGCAGCGCGUUGAAAGCCACUUUGAUCUCGAGCUGCGUGCAGCUGUGAUGCACGAUAUUUUGGAUAUGAUGCCUGAAGGGGUCAAGGUAAACAAGUCCCGGACUAUCAUGUCGCAUCUUAGUGAAGCGUGGCGCUGUUGGAAAGCGAAUAUCCCGUGGAAGGUGCCGGGCUUACCCGCUCCCAUUGAAAAUAUGAUUUUGCGUUACGUCAAGUCCAAGGCAGACUGGUGGACUAAUGUUGCUCACUACAACCGUGAGCGUAUCAAACGUGGUGCAACUGUUGAUAAAACUGUCUGUAAGAAAAAUCUAGGCCGUCUGACGCGAUUGUGGUUAAAGGCUGAGCAAGAGCGUCAGCACAAUUACCUAAAAGACGGCCCGUACGUGUCGGCCGAGGAAGCUGUCGCAGUUUACACGACCACAGUACAUUGGUUGGAAAGCCGUAAGUUUGCGCCAAUUCCGUUUCCACCACUGUCGUACAAGCAUGACACAAAGCUUCUCAUUCUUGCACUUGAACGGCUGAAAGAGAAUUACUCUGUCAACAGCCGGCUAAACCAGACCGAUCGCGAAGAGCUUGGGUUGAUUGAACAAGCCUAUGAUAAUCCUCAUGAAGCUUUGUCGCGAAUUAAGCGGCACUUGCUCACACAGCGUGCUUUUAAGGAACUUCACAUUGAAUUUUUAGACAUGUACAGCCACCUUGUUCCAGUGUACCAUAUCGAACCGCUGGAAAAGAUUACAGACGCUUACCUUGAUCAGUAUUUGUGGUAUGAAGCUGAUAAACGCCAUUUGUUUCCAUGCUGGAUCAAGCCAAGUGACUCAGAGCCCCCUCCACUUCUUGUUUAUAAGUGGUGCCAGGGAGUCAAUAAUUUGCACCAAAUCUGGGACACGUCCGCAGACGAGUGCGUCGUGAUGUUGGAGUCGAAGCUUGAAAAGGUUUACGAGAAGAUCGACUUGACGUUGUUAAACCGGCUCUUGCGAUUGAUUUUAGACCACAACAUUGCUGACUACAUGACUGCGAAAAAUAAUAUUGUGAUCGCGUACAAGGACAUGAUGCACACGAACUCAUACGGUCUUAUUCGUGGAUUGCAGUUCGGAUCCUUCAUAUUCCAAUACUACGGUUUGAUUUUAGACCUGUUGUUGCUGGGCUUGACCCGUGCGACAGAAAUUGCCGGUCCACCAGAGCUACCGAACGAAUAUUUAUCCUUUAAAGAUACGCCUACGGAGACUCGACAUCCCAUCCGCUUGUAUACGCGCUAUAUUGAUAAAAUAUAUGUUCUCUUUCGAUUCGAUGCUGAGGAUUCUCGUGAUUUGAUUCAGCGGUAUUUGACAGAGCACCCGGAUCCGAAUAAUGAGAAUGUUGUCGGCUACAAUAACAAAAAGUGCUGGCCUCGUGACGCUCGCAUGAGGUUGAUGAAACACGAUGUGAACCUUGGCAGGGCAACAUUCUGGGACAUGAAGAAUCGACUGCCACGAUCAAUGACGACGUUUGAUUGGGACAGCAGCUUCGUGUCUGUGUAUUCAAAGGAUAACCCAAACUUGUUGUUCGCCAUGUGCGGUUUUGAGGUGCGCAUUCUCCCCAAGAUUCGUGCCGUAGAUGCUGAAUUUACACACAAGGAUGGCGUUUGGAUUCUGCAAAAUGAGACGACCAAAGAGCGAACUGCGCAAGCCUACCUUCGCGUUGACGAUGAAGCCUUGCACACAUUCGAAAAUCGCAUUAGGCAGAUUCUUAUGUCUUCUGGUAGUACAACAUUCACAAAGGUUGCAAACAAGUGGAACUCGGCACUCAUUGGCCUGAUGACAUACUACCGAGAGUCGGUCGUACAGACGCAGGAAUUGCUUGAUCUUCUUGUGAAGUGUGAGAAUAAAAUUCAGACUCGUAUUAAGAUUGGCUUGAACUCGAAGAUGCCGUCUCGAUUCCCUCCUGUAGUGUUCUAUACGCCAAAAGAAUUAGGUGGUCUGGGUAUGCUAUCUAUGGGUCACGUUCUCAUUCCACAGUCGGAUCUUCGCUACUCAAAACAAACUGAAGGUGGGGGUGUAACGCAUUUUCGUUCGGGAAUGUCUCACGAAGAAGACCAGCUGAUUCCAAACUUGUUCCGCUAUUUACAACCGUGGGAAUCCGAAUUUAUUGACUCGCAGCGCGUGUGGGCUGAGUACGCCUUGAAACGUCAAGAAGCAAAUGCGCAAAAUCGUCGCUUGACUUUGGAGGAUCUUGAAGACUCGUGGGAUCGUGGUAUUCCGCGUAUAAACACGCUGUUUCAGAAGGAUCGACACACUUUAGCUUACGACAAGGGCUGGCGCGUGCGGACAGGAUUUAAGACAUAUCAAGUUCCGCGCUUAAAUCCCUUUUGGUGGACACACCAACGACACGAUGGCAAGCUAUGGAAUCUAAACAAUUACCGAACAGAUAUGAUCCAAGCCCUAGGUGGUGUCGAAGGUAUUCUGGAGCAUACCCUGUUUAAGGGCACGUAUUUUCCGACGUGGGAAGGUUUGUUCUGGGAGAAGGCGUCGGGCUUUGAGGAAAGCAUGAAGUACAAGAAGUUGACAAAUGCGCAGCGAUCUGGCUUGAAUCAAAUUCCAAACCGUCGAUUUACAUUGUGGUGGUCGCCUACGAUCAACCGCGCGAAUGUUUAUGUUGGCUUUCAGGUGCAGCUGGAUCUCACAGGGAUCUUCAUGCACGAUUUUCCGUGCACAUUUGUGGCAGAAGAUCCACGAAUCUUUGGUGAUGGAUCUAGUUCAAGGUUUGCUGCGCGAUAUAUGACUCUAACCUCAUUUACCUCUUUUUCUAACUUGUUUGUGACGUUUGAUUUACGUGCAGUGUUCGACCAGGAGCUGGAUGCAUUAGAAAUUGAAAAUGUGCAAAAGGAGACAAUUCACCCUCGCAAGUCGUACAAGAUGAACUCUUCCUGCGCGGACGUUCUACUUUUUGCUGCGUAUAAGUGGCAGAUGGGCCGACCGACGCUGCUACACGACACGAAAGAUAGCUACGACGGCUCAACAAGCUCCAAGUAUUGGAUUGAUGUGCAGCUUCGCUGGGGUGACUUUGAUUCUCACGAUAUUGAACGAUAUGCGCGAGCUAAGUUUUUGGACUACACGACAGACAACAUGACAAUCUAUCCGUCACCAACGGGUGUACUUCUCGCGGUGGAUCUCGCGUAUAACUUGUACAGUGGGUACGGAAACUGGUUUCCAGGCUGCAAGCCUUUAAUGCAGCAGGCGAUGGCGAAGAUUAUGAAAGCUAAUCCUGCUUUGUAUGUGCUGCGCGAGCGUAUUCGAAAGGGAUUACAGCUCUACUCAUCUGAGCCAACAGAGCCUUACCUGUCCAGUCAAAACUAUGGCGAGCUGUUUUCGAAUCAAAUUAUCUGGUUUGUUGAUGAUACGAAUGUGUACCGCGUGACAAUCCACAAGACUUUUGAGGGAAACUUGACGACAAAACCCAUCAAUGGUGCCAUCUUCAUAUUCAACCCGCGCACUGGUCAGCUAUUCCUCAAAAUCAUUCACACGUCCGUGUGGGCAGGUCAAAAGCGAUUGGGUCAACUGGCUAAGUGGAAGACUGCAGAGGAAGUUGCCGCUUUGAUUCGGUCACUGCCUGUUGAAGAGCAGCCGAAACAAAUUAUUGUAACGCGCAAGGGUAUGCUAGAUCCUUUGGAAGUGCAUCUGUUGGAUUUUCCGAAUAUAGUCAUCAAAGGAAGCGAGCUUCAGCUGCCGUUCCAGGCAUGCUUGAAGGUUGAAAAAUUUGGUGAUUUGAUUUUAAAGGCGACAGAGCCGCAGAUGGUGCUGUUUAACAUCUACGACGACUGGCUGAACACGAUCACGUCCUACACAGCGUUCUCUCGUCUGAUCUUGAUUCUGCGAGCAUUGCAUGUCAGCAAUGAUCGUACCAAAAUCAUAUUGCGGCCUGAUGGCGAGACAACUACGCAGCCGCAUCACAUUUGGCCGUCACUGACUGAUGAGCAGUGGUUAAAGGUCGAAGUUCAAUUGAAAGACCUGAUUUUGGGAGAUUAUGGGAAGAAAAAUAAUGUGAAUGUUGCUUCACUGACCCAAUCAGAGAUCCGUGACAUCAUUCUGGGUAUGGAAAUCUCAGCGCCUUCAUUGCAGCGUCAACAGGUUGCUGAGAUUGAGCAACAGGCACGAGAGCAGAGCCAAUUAACGUCCGUGACAACCAAGACAGUGAAUAAACAUGGUGAUGAAAUGGUGGUGACGACGACAAGCCAGUAUGAGCAGCAUUCGUUCGCGUCCAAAACGGAUUGGCGCGUGCGUGCAAUCUCCGCGACGAAUUUGCACUUGCGCACGAAUCACAUCUACGUGUCAUCAGACGAUAUUAAAGAGACUGGAUUUACGUAUGUCUUGCCGAAAAACGUGCUAAACAAGUUUAUCACAGUAUCAGAUUUGCGUACGCAAAUUUGUGGUUUAAUGUAUGGUGUAAGUCCACCCGACAAUCCCCAAGUCAAAGAAAUUCGCUGUAUUGUGAUGCCACCACAACUUGGAACGCAUCAGAGUGUGACGAUCCCAUUGCAUAUGCCCGAACACGAGUAUUUAGAGGAGAUGGAUGCGCUUGGUUGGCUUCAUACACAGCCCAAUGAAUUGCCGAGUUUGCCGCCACAGGAUAUUACAUUUCAUUCAAAAAUCAUGUCAGAGAAUACUUCGUGGGAUGGAGAAAAGGCAAUUAUUAUUACGUGCAGCUUCACUCCUGGUUCGUGCUCGCUGACAGCUUACAAGUUGACGCCAGCGGGUUACGAAUGGGGGCGUCAAAAUAAGGACAACGGUGCGAAUCCCGCGGGAUUCGUUCCGACACACUAUGAAAAGGUGCAAAUGCUACUGUCAGACCGGUUCAUGGGUUUCUAUAUGGUGCCCGAGGAAGACGUGUGGAACUACAACUUUAUGGGCGUCAAACACAACACAGGUAUGAAGUAUGACCUCAAGUUGGGUAACCCCAAGGAGUUUUACCAUGAAAUUCACCGCAAGACGCAUUUCAUGAACUUCAGUGCACUUGAAGCUACUGACGAUGACGUCGAUGAGGAGCAGCAGAAUAGUUGUGAUUGGGCGAAACCAAAUAUUAUCUCCACCCCACGAUAUUACUCAGAAAUCCUAAUAAGAAGAAAAGUUGUUGCGCACUACUCGUCCGCCCCCUUGCUAGCGUUGCCGCCGUGCAAAGUUCUACGGAUAACAUUUUGCAUCAGUGGAAAGAAAGUAAUCCAAUUUGCUAAAAGAAAAGCAAAAGAAGUAUUAUACAUUGAUUGCAACAUGUCUGGCGUCAAGGACAACAAGUCCUCGCUGAGCCAUCGUGCUCAGCAGAAGUUCAAUGCUGGCAAGUACGAAGAGGCAGUAGAUGCAUUAGAAAAGCUGGUAGAGGAACUUGACCCUCGCCAGGAUCUAAAAGUGCGCCACAACUUGGCUUUAGCUCGCUUUGCCGCAAGACUUGAUACACCUGAUAAGCUACAACAAGCACUUCGCCAGAACUUACGCACACAGCUGCAAGAAUACGAAAAGAAUAGCAAAGUAGCGUCCACAUUGGAUGCUGAGACCGAGGGAGAUAGUGGCUCGUUUUCGAUUGAUAGAGAGCUAGCGUAUCUUCGUUACAAUUAUGCGGCGUCCCUCUUUCUGUCCAAGCAGUACGCACAGGCUUGUUCAGUAUUGGACCUUGUGAUGCGUAGUGUGGUCUCUAUUGAUGAAAAUGUAGCUAUGCACGCCAGUUUUCUUUACCUGGACGUUAUAUUGCAUAGCAGUAGAGGUUGUGUGAGUACAGAGCGGGAACGAAUGGCAACGAUUAAGAAGGCCCAAAGCAUUAUGACGUUUUUGGAGAAGCCGCACCGAUUUAAUACAGUACAGGAUGUGGCAGACCAUUUGGUGCAACGAGAUGCUAAUGGGAAUGUAAAGGAGACAGAUCUGCAGAGGAAAAAUCGAUGGGAUGUGACUGAGUUUCGCUUUCGACUGCAUUUGUACCGUGCUAAGUUUAUGCUAUUACAGAGCAAUUUAAAAACUGCGAAAAAGGAAGUGAAGUCAGCUCUGGAGAUAUUUCAAAAGGAGAUAAAGACGUAUGAUCGAGGAGACUCGAAAGUGACGUCAUCUGUAUUAUCCAUGGAUUCGGAGAAGACGAGCUCUUCCAUAGGACACCCGUGUCUGACAGUUCAGAACUCGACGGCACUAUUUCUUAAAGCAAACUUGGAAUAUUUAAAAAAGAACUACACGAAAUGUAUUAAGCUCUUAGCAUCGUGUACUCAGGAAGCAGUGAGUGAGAGUAUUUUGCUGAAUAAUAUGGGCUGCAUCCAUUAUCAAAUGGGGCAUCGAAAAGCAGCAAAGUCGUAUUUUGCCCGUGCCCUUCAAGCGACAACGAAAGGGAAUAAUAUGGACGCGGUCGUGAUUGCCAGUUCUUCCCACCAUGAAAUCAUGUACAAUAAUGGUUUGCACUUAUUGCUUCAGGGAGAAUACGCACUGGCAUUUCGAUGUUUUAAUGAGUCGUCGCGAUUGUUUUUCAACCGACCUAAAUUGUGGUUACGUCUGGGUGAAUGCUGUACAGCUGCUUUCGCCAAGAAGCAAAAGUUAGCUGUUAUGGCAGGAAACAAGAGCGGUUUAAUUCAGGGCAUUGUGGGCUCUGGAUCACACCGUCGCGUGCUCCUUCCUACUAGUUUGCCGUCUACAGCGUCACUGGAUAUUACACUUCCAGCAAAAAGUGUUAAUGGCAAUGGAACUCAUAAAGCGUCUAUAGAUGCAAAUGAUACGGAUGGUGCUCCAACUAUGAAUUUGCCAUUUGGAGCGAAAUGCUUUAAGAAUGUGGUGUUACUAUGCAAUCAGCUGCUAACGUCAGCAAGUGCAAAUGGAAGUGUGAAUGCAAGUGGUGAGGCCAUUGAGAGCAAAGCACCUGAUGUAAAGGCGCUUGAUUCUUUGCGUCAGAAAGCGCUGGUAAACUUGUCGUACGUUUACUUGUCAAUGUACGAACCUCAAUUAGCGAUCACAAGUGCUAAAGAGUUGCUAGAGCUGCCCACUUGCUCGAAAGCAAACUCCUUUUUGGCACGAUCAUACACAGCAGAGGCUCUGUGUAUGCUAUCUAGGGCGUCAAAAGCGACUGAAAUAUUGCAGGCAGAGAGAGACUUGAUGGGUUUGGCUGAAGAAUACGCUCGUGAGGCUAACAUUCAGUUGUCUAUGGCUCGAGCUGGUGUUCACGUGAACAAUGCCACUUCUCUUUUGCUGCAAGGUCGCACUUCAGAAGCUGAAGAGAGCGUGACGCGCGCCGUACGAGAAAAUCCGAACUGCCGUGAGUCACUCGAAUUACUAGUGUACGUUUUACUGAAAAAGGGGGACACAAAGAAGGCGCUUCGUGUACUUAAAGAAGCGCAGGUAAUGCAGUAA